ACCCGCAGCCCAGAACCGCGGCUGGUCCGCCGCCCGAGCGCCAUGUCGGCUCCCGGGACACUCAGCAAUUACUACGUGGACUCCUUCCUGGUGCCUGAGGGGGACGAGCUGGCGGCGACCCGCUACGCCCCCGCUCCGCUGGGGCCGCCGCCGCGGCCGGCGGCACUGGCCGAGCACCCAGAUCUGGCCCCCUGCAGCUUCCAACCCAAGGCGCCCGUCUUCGGCCCGCCCUGGAGCCCCGCGCACCCCGCCGGCGCCAGCGGCGUCCCCGCUGUCUACCACCCCUACGCUCACCACCAGGCGCCCGUGGCACCGCCCGACGGCAGGUACAUGCGUUCGUGGCUUGAGCCUGUGCCGGGCUCCUUGUCUUUCCCCGGGUUACCUACCAGCAGGCAUUACGGCAUUAAACCUGAACCGCUGGCGGCCAGGAGGGCUGACUGUACCACGUUUGACACUCACACUUUGUCUCUCUCUGAUUAUGCUUGUGGUUCUCCUCCAGUUGAUAGGGAUAAGCAAAGCCACGAAGGCGCAUUCUCUGAAAGCAAUGGAGAAAGUGAGGCAAACGGAGAGAAACCGCAUAUUGAUCCAAAUAAUCCAGCUGCAAAUUGGCUCCACGCAAGGUCCACCAGGAAAAAGCGAUGCCCUUACACCAAGCAUCAGACUCUGGAACUGGAGAAAGAGUUCCUGUUCAAUAUGUAUCUCACUAGGGACCGUAGAUACGAAGUGGCCAGACUCCUUAAUUUAACUGAGAGACAAGUGAAAAUUUGGUUUCAGAACAGAAGGAUGAAAAUGAAGAAAAUCAACAAAGAUAGAGCAAAGGACGAAUGAUGGUGACAAACGGGUUAUACUGAACGUUCAUAGAGAGAGAGAGAGAAAACCCAAACAAACAAAAAGUUAAAACCUGAACAGACAAAAACCCCAACAACAACCCCAAAACAAGCAAGCAAGCAAGCAAACAAACCCCAAAACAAAACAAAAAUCAAUCGCAAAAAAAGACCUCCCCUCAAGCCCUGCUAUACAAUGCGUCUGGGUCCAGGCCUCAUAUUUUUCCCUUGAUAAAUUCUGAUUAUGAUUGUACCUUGGUUGUCACAGAGGCCAUUUUCCCAGGACAGGUACAGUAAGACUUUUAAUAUUCUAAUAGGAAAGAAAAAGGGGGCAUUAGCACGGCAAGGCUGUUUAGCUGGCUUAUAUAAAUCUACCUGUUUCUUCACUUAUGGAAAUAAAAAAAAAUAAAAAAGAAAAAAGAAGAAGAAGAAGAAGAAAAAAACUACCUUUUCAUAAUGCACAACUAUUUACGGACUGUAUAGCUUAGUCUACGUAGUUAAUUUUAUUCGCUCUUUGACGGCAGAGAGUUCUCUGCUCUAAUACUUGAACACUGUGUUUUAUUGUGGUAAUUAUGUUUGUGACUCAAUUUAUGUGCUUGGGUGCUGUACCGGAUGUAAUGGUGUAAGCUAGAAUUCAAUUUGAACUCAGGUUGUUUAUUAUAAGAAUUGCAUAGAGUAUAGCUCUGUAGUGUAUUAAGUCUUUUCUGUAUAAUUAGACAGUUAACCUUUGAUUGUAAAAUAUAUAUUAUAUAUAUAUCCCAACGUAAAAAAAAAUAACAAAAAAGGUAGAAAAAAAGUUUGUCCAGGAUGUCUGGGAAUUAUGGUUCUCAAAAUACUGAAGCAAGUCAUUUUAGUAUGCACAGUUGAUAUAUAUAUAUAUAUAUAUAGUACCGUCUCUGUCUGUUGUAUAUAUAAUCUAUAUAUUAAAAUAAGUAAAUAAACAGAAUAGUUUAAAUAUUGUUUUUGCACCAGUGAGCAGUUAUCAGAUUUUGGAGCUAUACAUAUAUGUGAAAAGGGUAACUACCUAUGGUUUACAUUUUAAUUUUAAUUGAAUUAUUUGAUGGUUAUUGUAAUGAAGGUGAAUUUUAUUGAUAAUAAAUUAUACGCUAUAAAAACCUGCAUUUGGUUAUUGUAAAUUUUUAUCGAUUAAAAAGGAAAAAAAAAAAACCUGGGAGGUUGCAUUGACUCAGAACGUACAGUGUCUAUUUUGAAACAGUUACCUCGUGGCCUACUGACCAAAUGGUUGUUUUGAAAUGAUAUUUAAC